AUGACCCAUUUAACGCCGUCCCUUGCUUCUCUCUUCUGCACUGCAACACCUUCGACCUCUGCCCUUCCAACGCUCGCCGUCGUGCACAAUCCGGUCUAUCCAUGGCGCCCCACAACACGAUUUACUCCUUUCAUAGCAUCUACACCCUGCCUGUUUUCUUUGAGAUACGCUGCCAUCGUGGACACCCUUAUAUUUCUGUCAGUCUGGUAUUCAACAUCCAUUGUGAUAAAGACGUCCAACUCAUUCCCUGUCAACAGACAUUCUGCAUCUGCUGCCCCAGGCCUACCUCGCACCUCAACCUUGCUCAUCGUGCUGCCCAUCGGUUUCAACAUCGUCGUCAACACGGAAAGGCGUAAACUCACCGACGUAGACGCCAAAUCCUCAUGCACAACCUCUGGCUCUCUGGCCCAAAUGCCCUUCUCGUUCGAUGCCGCCAAUGAACAAUGCUUAUCGACAUCAAUUCCUUGUGCCUCAACCUCUCUGUCAGCCUGUUACUACAUACCGAUCGCGAUAAAGAGAUCCUCGUACGACCUCGCCAAUGGACGAUGCUUAUUGAAAGCAAGCUUCAACCUCAAUUUCAGCCCGGUACUUGACACCAACCGCAAUAAGACACCCGGCUCAUCCCCUACCUGUAGACACUCCUCAUACGAUACUCGUAACACCUGGCAGCACUGUGCCAAACAUUUACAGGGUGCCUCAUUGCACAGUGCCUACCAGACAUUGGGUUUAUCAACAACCAACCACGAGUCCGACAAGAAACUCACCGAGAUCCUUAAUGUACGAUACCGCCCUGGACAACAACGGACGACGCAUAUCGACAGCAGUGUCUCGCGCCUCAAACUCGCUGUCAGCAUGGGUGUUCAACAACAACCACUAAUAUAA